UUAGAAUGUUUAUUUUUUGUAAUUACAGAGAACAGAUUGAGGGUGUGUGUGUGUGUGUGUAUGUGGGGGGUCACUGAGACGCGCCCCCUGCCUGCAGCUCCACUCCUCUGGACCAAACUUUCUCAUGUGACUCCCCGAAGACGCAACUUUUUGGAUGGACUUCUUCACUUCUCCAGUUCAGCGCCUGACCUGCAGCCUCCAUCCAACAUGCUCCCAUCUGAUCCACUGGUUUCACUCACUUCCACCAGCUCUGCUCCUUCUUCCUCUUCUCUUGGGUCGGAUCACUCUUUGGAACACGAGGGGAAGUGAAGCCUCGGGGAGUAAUGGGAUUAUUCUUCUGUGCGGACUCGCUCCUGGAGGAAACGGUGAUCAGCUUCAUGCAUCAGACGAGGCAGGACGGGUUCAGACACCGCAGGUCAUCAUGAUGGGUGAAACAUUGCCUACAGCGAGGAAUACAAAUAACUGGAAGGCUCUUUAAGAAGGCGACUGGAGACUUGCGAGAUUGGCAGAACCUAUUAAGAAGCAGUCUGUAAAAGCAUAUCCAGACACAGCUACAUCCAAGAAUGAGGAUCAAAUACACAAUAUCCAUUGUCUUUUUUGUGGCACUUGUUAUCAUUGAGAAGGAAAACAACAUUAUCUCAAGGGUGUCGGAUAAGCUCACAUUAAAGCAGACCCCCCAGACCCCUCUACAGCCAAGUAGCUUCUCCCACAUACUGCAGAAGCAUAAUGCUUCCAUUACCCCACCCAAGAAUAACUCUGCCUUCACGCUGAUGAAGCGGCGCCUGGAGAACUACAGUGAGCACCAGGAGGUGAGGACAAGGGGCAGGAAACACAUCCUCCUGCUGGCCACCACCAGGACUGGUUCCUCCUUUGUGGGCGAGUUUUUCAACCAGCAGGGCGACAACAUGUUCUACCUGUUUGAGCCGCUGUGGCACGUGGAGAAGAUGCUGACACUGGACACUGGAGGCACCAACGCCACAGCGUCAGCCAAGGCGUACCGCGACGUGCUCCAGCAGCUCCUCCUGUGUGACUUCUCCCUGAUGGAGAGCUUUAUCGACCCCCUCCCUGUGGACCAUAUCACCACCGCUCUUUUCCGCAGGGAGUCCAGCAGCUCUCUGUGCGAGGAGUCAGUCUGCAGCCCCUUCGUCAAAGGGGUCUUUGAGCGAUAUCACUGCAGGACAAGGCGCUGUGGGCCCUUGAACCUGACCAUGGCGUCUCUGUCCUGCCUCCAGAAGGAGCACAGGGCCAUCAAGUCAGUGAGAGUACGUCAGCUGGAGACCCUCCGUCCUCUGGCUGAGGACCCACGUCUUGAUGUGAAGUUCAUUCAGCUGGUUCGGGAUCCUCGGGCUGUUCUGGCCUCACGCAUGGUGGCCUUUGCAGCCAAAUACAAGAACUGGAAGGAGUGGGCCGCAGGUGGGGACAUACCCAUCGAUGAUGACGAGGUGAGGAAGUUAAAAGGGAACUGCGACAACAUCAAGAUGUCUGCAGAGAUCGGCCUCAGGCGGCCACAGUGGCUGCGUGGGCGCUACAUGCUAGUGCGUUACGAGGACAUUGCCCGGUUCCCUAUGAGAAAGGCAGCUGAGAUGUACAGAUUUGCUGGAAUCCCAUUCACUCCUCAAGUGAAAUCCUGGAUCCUGAAGAACACCCAGGCCUCCAAGGAUACCAGUGGUGUUUACUCUACACAGAAGAACUCCUCAGAACAAGUAGAGAAAUGGAGGUUUAGCAUACCCUUCAAAAUAGCCCAGGUUGUACAGAAAGUGUGUGGGCCAACACUGAAACUUUUUGGGUACAAAUUUGUAAGUAGUGAAGAAAUGUUAACAGAUAAGUCUGUGAGUUUGAUCGAGAAUAAGGUUUUUAAUGUUUUAUAGGCCAACGGACACAAACUCUGAAUCCUGAUGCAGGAAAACCAACAGUUUCUGGAAUGACUGAUAUUUAUUAGGUUCUUUCAUGCUGGUGCAGAGAGCUUUAUUUUUUUGAUGGCGUGCUAUUUAAAGAUUUUCACUAUUUAAAAUAGUUUGAUGAAGACAAUUUAUUGUUGAGCAGAAAAUCCAUAUAUUUUACUUUUAAAGCAAGGAAGUUGAAAUUGUAUACAUGGGUAAAACAGGAAGCACGAUUAUCCUAGGUUUUUGCACUCGAUCUGAGGUAAAACUGUGUCAUUGGCUUAUGCAAUCAGGAUCUGAAUCCUUAGGUAGAUAGUUGUGGGCAUGUGAGCAAUAUAUGAGCUGUUUCAAAGACUUUCAGGUUCCUCAUUAGUUAUUAGUUUUUGUGCAGCAACUCCUGAGUUAGUCACAUACGCUGCUUUUGCACCAAAGAAACUUGAAAGGAGUUGUAAUGACAGAGAGAAGAAAAUUCCAAUUCUAUGCAUGAGAUGUAAUGAAGUAACGCACCGGGCUGAAUUUAAUUAUUUAGAAUUUGUGCUGAAGUUUUAUGACUCCAGGUCGGAAUUUGCUCCACAGGUAUCCCCCCCACCCCACACACACACACUGCGGGGGGGCACUUCUCUUGCACACGUACAUAGUAGUUUGCAUGUAUGUAAUAGGCCAAAAAUCGUUUUAAGAUAUCCUUUGGAGCGUAAAGGACCCUUUCUGUCGAACAGAUGUUUACACUGCUACUGUAUUCAAACAUUCCAACUGCAGCUGGUUUGCAGGAUUGUGCGAGGUUUGUCAGCAGGUCCCUGUCUGUUGACUCAAGUCUCUUGACUCGUGAUAAAAAAAAAGGGGCCCCCCGAUACUCAGGCCUGCCAGACUGUUUGAUGACAACGUUCUAGUCUGUUCUUUUUUUUUGGAUUUGUUUGUUGCAAUAAACCAUCUUUACUAACUCAUUUUUAUUAAUUGAAAAUGUAUUGUAAGUAUUGCAUAUGUAACUGUAUAUAGCUCUUGAGUUUGUGAAGUUGUGUGAAAGAGUUUUACACCCGGCUGACAGAUGCAACGAUCACAAAGGAUAAGCAAUGACAACAGGAAGCAAAUGUGGCAGAUCAAUAUCAAAGAUACCCAGUUUGGGCGUGAAAUAAAAGGAACACAGACGCUGAGUAAACAGUUCCCAGGCAAUACAUAUUCUGUUUGCAAAGCUCCUAAUAGAACAACCCGUGCACUUCAAUCCCUGUUGUGGUGGAACUACCAGGGGAUCACCAAAGCUAGCAAGAUGUAUCCCUUGGACACUGUGGAUAUCCGGACCACAAUUCAUAGCGAUCCUUAAAACAGUCGAGAUGUUUCACUAAAAAACAUAAAGGUCACCCUCACGGUGGGGCUGUAGGCAAAAAUGUCUGUGAAGCAUUUCAUGACAAUUCCUGACAUGUCCUUGUACUGUUGUUGUCUUGUACUACUACUCAUUGGAGACUAAGGGCUGUGUUUUGCUAGAAAAAAGACAAAAAAAAACUUGAAAAGCUGUGUGAGCAUAAGACUAGCAAUUGUAUAAUGGUGCUUUGAAGUGUUCCUCUUAUUUGGUCCAUUACUGCUCACGGCUGGUUCACAUUUAUUCUUUAUGCAUGUAAGAGUUUGUUGACGUGUUUUGUGCUUUGUGCAGAAAAAGAAAGAAAUCUAUAAAAGAAACAUUUCAUUUCAUAGCUUUGAGCUGUGAAACCCCAUG